AGCGUGAGCGGCGUCUCUGCAGGACUCAUCCUCCUCAGUCACACGCUUCAUUGAGGUUCGGCCUUCGCUCGAGAUGACGUGAUGGCCUUCCUGUAUGAACGCAUGCGAGCGGCAGACCGUUGACCUUACUGAACCCGUAAGACUAUAGAGGACAGCUGAUCACUGACUUUCUCUUUAUCUCCUGUUAGAAUUCAGCAUAUGCUGUGCGUUGUUAUAAAUGUGUGCACCCGUUGUAUGAAGCGCUACCUCUGCACGCUCCAAAGCUCCAGCUGUCGCUCUGAUUUCACCGACUGACUGAUGGUCACGGGCUUCCUUCAUCUCACUCUGUGUUCAGAAAUAUAUAGUCCAGCGACUCGUUAGAACUAAAUUGUACAGGAGGAUAUUAUUAGUGUGUAUGCUCACAUUCCCUGUAUUUAAGGCAUCCUUCUCAAGCUGUCUUUCUUGUUGUUUUUAAAUGUAAACCUGAACUGUUUUACGGUCAACAUGAUUUGACGCCACUGCAGCGUUUCUGAAUCCUCGUUUCGAUGUGAGCGUUUGGUUUGUCUCUCGAUGGUGGCUGUGUUACUAGCUGCUGGAAAUCAUGUAUGUGAAGCACCAAAUAACACAUUAAUGUUUAACCGUAACACUCAACUGUCAUGAAAGAAGUUAUAAAGUAUAGAUGUGCUGUAAUUCAGCAGCUGUUUGUGAUCAGGUUUUGAGCACCAGAUUAAUAUAGUUAACAGCUCAUAAAUCACUUUAGUUUUAGCUUUUUAAAAUUAGCUUUUUACAUUUAUUAUUGCUUUGAAUUGUCUUCUAUUUUUACCUUAUAUAUGUGUGUAUUUAACCAUCUGUAGCUUGUGUGUUCAGGUUAGAAGGCUUUAAUGCCAUCACAAAGGCUUUUUACAGUAAUGUGGAGGAUUGAACUAUAAUUGUUUGGGUUCUUCAUGUGUGUGUUAUCAUCCCUAAUAAACACUUCACCUCUAAGUACAGCCGCACACAUGAACAUCCAGUUUACUGGCCUUCUGUAACAUUUCACAUUUCCACUAUAUUAUCAUUAGAUCAUUAAACAAUCAUGUGAGAUGAAUCGUUUAAUGCUGAACGGAAUAGUUUUGCACGCCACACGACAUAUAUUCCUAUCUGUCGCAGUAAAUUACUCGCCUCGAUUCAAAAUGUGAGAACGAAACAUUUUUAGACACAUUUUAUGUUUUAAUAUACAGAAAAAAAAUCGCUGCAAACCAUUUCCGCUCUGGUGGAAACGACGCUCAUUUUACGACAGGCGCGUUGGUUUACGGCACAGAUCAGUCGGAAGUCUGGUAACCAGGGAGACGCCUGAAGGCACUGCGGCCGGCGCGAGAAGAGCGACUCCAUGGAGGUCCGUGAGCCGGUCCUGGAGCUGAAGGACGUCCCUCCUCCUCCUCCUCCUCCUCCUCCUCUCCUCCACAGCACCGGCUCUCAGCCAGGCAGCCUCAGUGUAAGCGUGUGUUCCCGCUGCGAGGCCAGCAUACACCUGCAGCAGAGCUUUAGUGAGGCCGGUGGAGGCUUUCCUCUGUGUCUCUCUCAGACAAGCACCCGCACCCCCCCUCACCCCUCGUCUGUGGCUCAGAGUGGCUCCGGAGCGAGCUGCUGCGCCAGUGUGAGGCCGCUGCACGCCUGCGCUCUGUGUAAGCCGGCCCCGCCGGGCGUCUGUCACUGCCGCAGAGUGCAGCAGCACCCUUUCCCUCACGGUGACCCGUCCUCACCCUCUCACCUCUGCUCUAACCCUCUGCACCUGAGUGUCGGGCGCACGCCGCCGUGCCUGAAGGGCGCUCACUGUUUGCAGGAGUGCUGGAGAAAGAGUUUACAUGUCGACUCGGAGAAGGUUUGGCCGAACAUUCCCCCGCCUGUCCCUGUGUGCAACGGCUGCGGCGUGACGGGCGCAUCGUCCGACGGUCUGCUGGGCGUCCAUCUCGGCAAAACCACACAGAAAUACGGUCCUCCGGAGACUGGCGCGCAGGAGACGCUGCCGCCCAUCGGGGUGUUCUGGGACAUCGAGAACUGUGCGGUUCCCAGCGGCCGCUCGGCGGCGACCGUGGUGCAGAGGCUCCGAGAGCGCUUCUUCCAGGGACACCGCGAGGCCGAGUUCAUCUGCGUGUGUGACAUCAAUAAAGAGAACAAAGCCGUUAUUCAGGAGCUCAACAACUGCCAGGUGACCGUCGCCCACAUUAACGCCACCGCCAAAAAUGCAGCAGAUGACAAACUGCGUCAGAGCCUCCGGCGGUUCGCAGAGACACACGCAGCUCCCGCCACAGUCAUCGUUGUUUCAUCGGACGUGAACUUCGCCAGUGAGCUGAGUGACCUGCGGCAUCGCCACAGGUUCCAGGUGAUUCUGGUCCACAAGAGCCAGGCCUCGUCUGCCCUGCUGCAGCAUGCGCACCUGCGCGCCGCUUUCGAGGAGUUCGUCUCGGACCUGCCUCCCGGGAUGGUCGUCAAAUCUCAGCCCAGUUUCAGCCUUCUGUUUGUGCACCACCUCCCCACGCACCGCGACGCCAAAGCGGUGGCCAACCGGCUGCAGCGGCUCUCCACUAACUGUGGAGGGAAGGUGUUGGGCGUGUCGGGCGGCUGCGGUGUGCUGCGGUUCUCCAGCGCCGAGGCAGCAGAGCGCGCCCGCAAGCGCAUGGAGAACGAAGACGUGCUGGGCCACCGCAUCGUGCUGUCCUUCUCUCCUGACGGCCCAGACGAGGAAGAGGAGCGCCGGCCUCCUGCCGCCGCCUCCUCUUCGGUCUUCCUGCCUGUGGAGAAGCCGCGCUCGCCCCGUCGCCUGCGGCGGGCGUCUCACUCGUGCCAGGGCAGAAGCCAUGCCCCCGAGCGCCCGUAUAGCCCCAGGAGAGCAGGCCACGCCUCCUCGUGCAGCCCUGUGAUGAAACCCCUCCCCCAGGCUGUGAGUGCUGUGACCCGACCUGUGACUGCCUCUCCCCAGAGUCUCACCGUCCCGUCUGCAGCCGUUAAACCGGCAGAGCCACCGCAGCGCAGCCGCAGGCAUGACUCUCCUGGCCAGCCGUUUCAGGUCAGCACUCCUUCAGCAUUCAGUAAACUAAGUUUGCAGCGGAACUUCAGUCCCAUGAUGCUCUCUCAGAGCUCAUGGUCAUCACGGAGCGCGUCCCCCUGCCUGUCGAACCGCUCGUCUCCUCUGAGCGCUCCGUCCCCCAGCAUCUGCGCAGACGAGCCCUUCUCUGACGGAGUGGACGUUCAGGUCACUAAUCUGGACUACAGGAUGUCACGCAAGGACCUGCAGCAAAUACUGAGAGACGUGUUUGCUAAACACGGCAGAGUGAAGAGUGUGGAUCUGAGUCCUCACACUGACUAUCAGCUGAAGGCGCGGGUGCACAUGAGUUCGCUCCAGCAGGCCAUUGGUGCCGUCAGUCUGCUGCAUCGCUAUAAAAUCGGCAGCAAGAGGAUUCACGUGUCUCUCGUCACCGGAGCCAGUAACAAAUCUCUCACCUGCCUCAGCUCUGAGAUCAUCAGCAUCCUGCAGGACGCUCCGGCCAACUGCCUGCCUCUCUACAAGUUCACAGAGACGUAUGAGAGGAAGUUCGGUCGUAAUCUGGUGGUCAGUGAUCUGUACCGGCUGCCGGAGGUGGUGUGUGUGCGCGAGCAGGGCGGCGGGCGGCUUGUGUGUCUGCUGUCCAGCACUCAGGCCCGGCAGAGCCCGCUAGGAUCGGCACACUCUCACGACAGCUCCAACACCACCAGUCCGGUUCUGUUCGAGGAGCUGGAGUACCACGAGCCCGUCUGCAGACGACACUGCACUCAGCAGGACUUCAGUGAAUCUGAUUUUGAUCCGGAUUCUUACAUGAUCCCGUUUGUUCUGGUGUCUCUGAAAGUUCUGGCUGCUCAUGUCCACAGUUUACUGCAGAGUCACGAGGGAACAGUACCGCUGCUCAGUUUCCCAGAAUGCUAUGCAGCAGAGUUCAGUCCUUUAGCUGUUGCAGAGGAGGGGAAGCUGGAGGGAAGCGUCCCGUUAGAGCACCUCAUCACCUGCAUCCCUGGAGUCACUAUCGUAACGGCCCAGAACGGCUUCAAGAUCAUCAAGUGGAUUCACAACAAACCCCCGCCGCCCAACGCAGAUCCGUGGCUGCAGCGCAGUAAGAGUCCGGUUGGGAACCCACAGCUGAUCCAGUUCAGCCGAGAGAUGGUGGAUCUGAUGAAGAACCAGCCGUCCUGUUUGGUGCCCAUCACAAAGUUCAUUCCAGCGUAUCACCACCAUUUUGCCAAGCAGUGCCGUGUGUCCGACUACGGAUUCUCCAAACUGCUGGAGCUGCUGGAGGCCGUUCCUCACGUGCUGCAGAUCCUGGGUUUAGGCUCCAAGCGUUUGUUGACGCUGACCCAUCGUGCUCAGAUCAAACGCUUCACUCAAGACCUGCUGAAGUUGCUGAAGUUUCAGGCCAGUAAACAGGUGGUGAUCGGGGAUUUCACGCAGGCGUAUCACUGGUGUUUCUCCAGGAACUGGCAGGUGGUGGAUUAUGGGAUGUGUGAUCUGAUGGACCUGUUGGCUGAGAUUCCGGACACGACGAUCACAGUCUCUCAGCAGGAUGGUGACACGCUCAUCUCUGUUCCCAAGAGAGAGCGGACGGCGGAGGAGCUGGAGCGCACGCGGCAGUUUGGCAAAGAGGUGGUCGAUCUUCUGAGACAUCAGCCUCACUUCCGGAUGCCCUUCAGCAAAUUCAUCCCCACGUAUCACCACCACUUCGGACGCCAGUGCAAGCUCUCCUACUACGGCUUCACCAAACUCAUGGAGCUGUUUGAGGCCAUUCCAGAUGUUCUUCUGGUGCUGGAGUGUGGAGAGGAGCGGCUGCUGGCGCUGACGGAGGUGGAGCGUGUGAAAGCGUUAGCGGCUCAGCUGGUGAAGCUGCUUCGAGCCCAGAGAGACUCCGGCCUAGCUGUCAGUCAGCUGUUGAGUGAAUACAGCAAGACGUUUGGCUACAGCCUCCGCCUGCAGGACUACGACGCCGCCACGCUGCCCGCCCUGCUCAACAAGCUCUGCCACGUGGUGAAGGUGGUGGACGCUCCCGAAGGGAAAGAGGUGCAGCUGAUUAACAGGAAGUCCCUGCGUGCCUUGACGUCUCAGCUGCUGGCGCUGAUGAUGUCACUUCCUGAGGAUCGUGAUCAUCUCGCAGUGGAGGAGCUGAGGAAGCGGUAUGAGCUCAGCUAUGGCGCGCCGCUCAACCCCUGCGAGUACGGCUUCAUCUCUCUGAGCGAGCUGCUGAAAAGCUUGCCUUACCUGCUGCAGCUCUCCGGAGACGAGCGGGAUGAUGGCGGAGCAGAGGAGUGUGUGAGGCUGACCAGACUUUACCAGUUCGCCCGCAGCAUACGAGCACUGCUGCACACCUAUCAUUAUAACCAAAUCUUCCUGUCGGAGUUCUGCGGCGCCUUCAGCAAAUACAGCGGGCGAGAGUUUCAGCCACAGACGUACGGCUAUAAGACACUGGAGGAGCUGCUAGCCGCCGUGCCGCAGGUGGUCUGGAUUAAAGGUCACGGUCACAAAAAGAUCAUCGUCCUGAAGAACGACAUGAGAGCUCGUGGCAGUCCUGCGGUCACAGAUAGUCCUAUGGUCACUGCAGAGGAGCCGUGUCCUGAUGAAGAGCCCCGGUCCGCCGACAGCCCCGCCAGCGGUGAGAUGGAGCUGCUGUGUCUGGGUUCUGGUUCUCCGGUGGAUCUACUGUGUGCUCCGGUCCCCUCCUGCCUCCCGUCUCCUCAGCUGCGGCCCGACCCGGUGCUGCUGCAGCCCAGAGAUCUGAUCUGCUUCGAGCCGCAUCCACUCGGUCCGUCUGAACGAGAGCCGGUUCACGAUCGGCAGCCUCAGUCGGCCAACGGUCCCCUCGUGGCUUCGGCUUCUGAAAACGGCCCAGAUCACGGAGCGAGCAAUGCGGCAGAGCCCUCGGGCAAGAAAACGUGCGUCACAGACAGUCCCGGCCGGCGAACGGCACGCAACAAGGUUAAACUAGCGGCUAAUUUCUCCUUCACAUCCGCCCUGUCAGUCUGAUGCUGAGCAGGUCACGUGAGCUCUGAUAGCAUGAGGAAGAUUUGUGACGCGUGUUAUUCUGUGAGGCUAGCAGACGUUCUGUGUGGUGAAUUUCAUGACUCUGUUCUAAGUUUGAUUUGUCUGGACUGCAGCAGACCUCGUGUUCUUCAUUCAUGUUUCUCUCAGUACGAGGAGCUAAACAACCCACUGCUCCUCCACGCGCAAUGUUUUUUCUUUACUGCAGUUGCUCGUUAUCAGUCGUUAGCUUGAGGCCUGAAUCGUGCAGACCGCAGCUGAUUGGUGGAUGUCACUCUGAGCUGCUGUGAGCUGAACUGUGAAUCUUUCCUCCGCGUGCGUCUGCUGAGACGUGCUGUCGCGCCUUUGUUUUGAGACGUUAUUUGUGUUGUUUGAAGCACAUGGACUCCGUCUGAUGAAAUGGAAGAAUGAGUUUGCUGGAAGGUGGGAUUCACUUUAUUCUUUUUCAAUCUGAGAUCUCAAACACUCACAGAUGCUUUUGUGUUAAGUCUGUUUCAGAGCCAGAGCUUGUUAUCCAAGGGCCUUCCUCCCUUUUAACUGAUUGAUUAGUCAAAGCCGCCCGUCUCGAAUUGCUUAAGUUCAUAUUGUGAAUGAAGUCUGUGUUUAUUGAAACUCUUACAGAAGUGUUUAGUUUAAGAUCGUCUCAGCUGCUUAUCGGAGGAUAUUCACACUUGUCUUACAGUUUCACUGGCGUCCAGAUGAAUUAUGGGAGUCUGUGUGAUGAAGUUCAGCGGGCCGAAGAGAAACACCCUCGUGUUCUGCAGGCCGAGGCAGUGUGUCGUUUUACGGAUGGUUUUUUUUGGUCCGGAAGUUGCUUUGAUAGUUCUAUGCACAUGGUGCAUAAACCCUUGUUUGAAAGCGGUCGUUUAUGAGUCGCUGCAGGCUUUUACUGCGUUUCUUCUUUUAUGCAUUUUGGCAAAAUCGUGCUAAUUAGAUGUUAAUCAGUGUAACUGUUCCUCUGGAAAUGCCAAGGUUGUUUACUUGAACCUUGAGUUAGUGUGUUCGGUUGCGGUUUGCUCUCCGCGGCGGCUCUCUGAUGGCUUUUACAAUGGCUUGUAUCAGCCUUGGCGCGGGACACUUCUGCUAACGGCUUAGGGUCACAGUGGGUUGAUUUGUGUAAAUGUGUUUUGUUUGGCGUAUGUUUCGGCUCGCAGCAACACGAGGAGCUCAGACGUCGGCUGUCUGUGAGAAUCCUGUGUCUGAACGCUCAUGUUUGCCGUACCGUGGCUGUUGAACGCAUUUGUGUUUCUUUUAAGGGUGGCUCUCUUUGGCCAAUGUUUUUGGAAGCCUUCAAAAUGCUACCAGCGGAAACUUUGCGCUGAAGUACGUGUGUCUCGGUGAUUUUAUGCAUGUUUGCAUAACGUUUGCCUCAUGCUGUUUAUGGAUAUAUUUGAUUUAUGCAGAAAUGUGACGUGAUGUACGUGUGUGUGUGUCUCGUCUUUAGUGUUCUCUCUCACUUCUGUCAGACGACCACAAUGAACCCAGAAGCCUCUCAGAUUGACGGUCGCUGAAAUUAAUGAGCUUCAUGUGAAGUAACGUGGACGUUCAGCCUCAAGACACUGGAGGUCUUGUAUGAUUUUAGUCUCCACCAGAAAGUCCUGUUAGGAGUUUUUUUUUAUUUCUAUGUAAUGACCAAAUUUCUGUCAUGUAUAAUAAAUAUCACAAGCAUCAUUUUGUGUCCUGCUUUCAGUUGUGUUCCUCUUGUCGAGUAUCGCUGCUUUUCUGAUGGUUUCCAGCGGUUAAUAGUCCAGUACGAGCUGUUUGGGAAUGGACUGAACUGCAUCUCCGAUCAUUUAGGGAAGAACUUUUGUCUCAAACCUACGACACACAGGGGUGCGACUGCACAUCUGCUGAGAGGUUUGCAAGAUCUGUGUUGGCUGCCAUCUGAAUAUUAUUUAAAGG